GAAGAUAAUAUAUUUCCUUAAUAUUAUAAGGAACUACUUGUCAUAAAAAAAAACCCUAAACUGUGACAUUGCUACGAUUCCUCUUUUCUCUUCAAACCACGACUUUACUUCUGCGUUCAAUCCUCUCUCUAUUAGUAAUUUACUUUUUUGUAAAAAGCUUUGAAAUUUGAUUUAGAAGCUGAAAUUAAGAAUUUUCUGUGAUGGGUGGUCAAAGAAGUAACUAUGGUAAGCGUCCUCGAUCUCAAUCGGACUAUGACGGUGGAGGAAAUAAAAGGAGGAAUGGAGGUGAUGAUAGGGAGCAGUUUGUGAUUGAUAAGGAUGAUACUGUUUUUCGUUAUUUGUGCCCCGGCCGAAAGAUUGGUAGUAUCAUUGGUAGGGGUGGUGAGAUUGUUAAGCAAUUGAGGGUAGAAACUAAGGCCAAAAUUAGGAUUGGUGAGACUGUACCAGGUUGUGAUGAGCGUGUUGUUACUGUCUAUAGUUCUAGUGAUGAGACUAAUGCUCUUGAUGAUGGUGGUAAGCAUGUGUCACCUGCCGAGGAUGCGCUGUUUAAGAUUCAUGAUAGAGUGGUUGCUGAAGAUUUACACAGUGAUCAGGAGGAUGAAGCUGGUCCCCAAGUGACUGCUAAGCUGUUGGUUCCGUCUGAUCAGAUAGGUUGUGUUCUUGGAAAAGGUGGUCAGAUAGUUCAGAGCAUACGUAAUGAAACUGGGGCUCAGAUUCGUAUACUUAAGGACGAACAUGUGCCUCCAUGUGCCUUGAGCUCUGAUGAGCUUGUGCAGAUUUCUGGGGAUGCUGCAGUUGUGAAAAAGGCUUUGCAUCAAAUUGCAUCUCGACUUCAUCUUAACCCUUCACGAACUCAGCAUUUGCUUGCUUCUGCUGUUCCUGGUGUAUAUCCUCCCAGUGGUGGUUCACUCUUGGGUCCAACUGCAGGACCUCCGAUUGUGGGGAUUGCUCCUCCUUUUGGUCCUUAUGGGGGAUAUAAAGGUGACACUGGUGACUGGCCACGAUCAAUGUACUCGGCCCCAAGGGAUGAAACAUCUAUCAAGGAUUUUUCAGUUCGAUUGGUUUGUCCAACUGGAAACAUUGGAGGUGUGAUAGGGAAAGGUGGUGGCAUAAUAAAUCAAAUUAGGCAGGACUCUGGGGCAACAAUCAAAGUUGAUAGUUCUGCAAAAGGAGAUGAAUGCUUAAUAACCAUUUCAACAAAAGAGUUCUUUGAAGAAACUUUCUCUCCAACAAUAGAAGCAGCUGUGCGUUUGCAACCUCGAUGCAGCGAAAAAAUUGAAAGAGAUUCUGGAAUCAUCUCUUUCACUACCCGUCUGUUGGUAUCAUCAUCACGAAUUGGUUGCCUUAUUGGUAAAGGAGGAUCUAUUAUAACUGAGAUGAGGAGGCUUACAAAAUCUAACAUUCGCAUACUGUCAAAGGAAAAUCUUCCUAAAAUUGCUUCCGAAGAUGAUGAAAUGGUGCAGAUUUCAGGAGACCUGGAUGUUGCUAAAGAUGCUCUUGUGCAUGUCCUUACACGAUUGAGAGCAAACCUUUUUGAUAGAGAGGGAGCUGCUAUGUCUGGAUUCCUUCCAGUGCUACCAUAUCUUCCUCCUUCAGCAGAUGUCUCAGAUGGUCUAAGCUAUGACAGUAGAGAUAGCAGAAGACAUGGACGCGGACAUUCAUAUUCAAGUGGGUAUGGAGGCUCAAGCGAUUUAGCAGCUGGCGACACUUAUGGAAGCUAUGGUGGUUCUCAGCUUGCUGGAGGCAGUGCUUAUGGGGCCUAUGAAAGUUAUUCUUUGGGACGGAAUAGUACUGCUUGGUUGCCUAGUCAGAGCAGUGUUUCUAGGAGGAGAAACCAUGCUUACUAAACUUGAUUGGUCUCCACUGUUUUUGGAGUCAUCUGUAUUGCAGGGUACCAGUAUUUGCAUACAAUAGAUAGUAGUAACCAGGUAAAGGUGUAUGCAUUAUUUGACUCUGAUAAUUCAUACUAAUGGGUGUGUUUUGAGUACCUUACAUGACUACUGAUCAUAGUUAUUAUGUUAACUGCACUACUGAAGCUCAUAGUAAGUAGUUUGAGAAAGAUAAUGCUUUGAAAGAGCAUGCAUGAUAUUUGGUGAUUCAGAAAUAGAAUCUCCUGUUAUUCUCCUUUCUCAUUUACCAUGUGAUAAUACAUUUGUGAAUAUUUUAAAUUAUGGGUGUCAGGUUUUUGUUUGAGCAUAAUUAGCAUUAGGCAUUCAGCUGCACUGAAUAAUUUUUCAUUUUCCAUUUCUGAUUGCUUGCUAUCAAUGUAUUGGAGUGCGGCAAUUCAAAAUGUUGCUUACAUAAAGAAGACAUCUGCUAUGCUAUCAUGCCAUUGGAUCACCUGCAUAGGUCAUGAAUUCAAGUCUUUUGAUACACUGUCAGUGAUCCCAUGGCCCCUGUGCAAAGGUGAGCGCGUGUGUCUAGUGUUACUAUAAUAUUGUUGUCUAGAAAAAGUGGUAGUUCUAUUUUUUUAGAAAAAAAUGCGGUAGUUUUUGUUUGUUUGUAGGUUUUCUAUAUUGUUUUGAUUGUUUUUACUUUCUACCCAUUUGUAAUGUAAUUUUAAACUGAAUGGAACUUGAUUUAUUCUGUGCAAACUCAUUUAGGGCAGACCUAUGAAGGUGUAAAUUGAUGAAUUGAUGAUAAA